AACUCUCCCAUUGCAGGUCUGGAGACCUUCAUCUCCGUUGCUAAGACGCUGCCAUCACCUGAUAUAUAUGAUGUCGUGGAGGGAUACGUAAAAAUUUCCAUGGAGUGUGCUGAAAUAUUCAGACUUAUGGAUGGAGAAAGAAAGCCUGAAAAUGAAAUGCUAUUAAUCUUUCAAGCUCUAGAAGCCAUUUUGCUGAGGACAGGCAGUGACCUCUCCCAUUUUUCUGUUGUGGGAAUGAACAUAGUCAAAAAGUUGAUUCAUUCCUACAUGAGAUUGGUCUACGCUGCUUUGUAUUCUGAAAAUCACAGGAUGAGCCGAGCAUGCCUUACCCUGUUGUCAGCCAUGGUGGCUCAGGGGCCAGAUUCAGCAAGGGAUGUGUUUAGCCAUUUUGAUUUUAAUAAUAAGUUUCUGCCUGGAUUAUUGAAAAGAAGAUGUAAGAAGGGGAGACCUGAUGUCCGUAUGGCCUACAUUCAGUUUGCCCUCUCCUUCUUAAUUGCUGGUGACAAUGCAAUCUUGAGACAGGUGCUGGAAUUAAAAGAUUUCAUUCCAGAUAUUCUUCGUUCUGAAAUAAAGGAAGACAAAGUUUCUACUGUCAAUCUUCUACUUUCCACACUGAGAACUAAGGUGGUUCAAAAUAAAAAUAUCACCAAAACCCAGAAGGUGGGCUUUUUUACUGCAGAAGUGUUGAUUCACAUUGCUUCACUGUACCGGUGGAAUGGGAUUACUGAUGUCAGCCCUGGGGAUUUAAAGGUGACUCAAGGUUCUGAAGAGGUGGGAAAGGUGAUGGUACGGGAACUUGUUCAUAAUUUCUUAAUGGACCUCUGCUGCUCUCUGAAAUAUGGCAUAACCUUCUAUGAUCCAAGUCUUGGAACGUCCGGCAAGGGAGGAAACGUGGUGCUUCUGCGCUUCCUGCUUGGUUUAAAAACUGCAACAGAAGAUGAAAUGGUUGCUGAUCUCAUGGUGAAUAUUCUCAAAGUAUGCCCAGACUUACUGAACAGAUACUUUAAGGAGACCCGGUAUUCCUUCGUUCCUAGACUGAAGUCAGCUUGGAUGGACAACAUGAAGUUACUCAAAAAGAUCUAUGAGGCUCAACCAGAGAUUUCCCAUUCUUUUAAGACUUCGGAGUUUAUUCCUCUUCCCAGGUUGAUUUCUAUGGUGAUGGUAACAACAGUCCCUGCUGUGUGCAAUAAAAUAAUGUUCACCCAAGGACUAAAUUUACCCAGCACCGUAGUGAAGCACAGCAUACUGUCGCUUGUGUCAAUGGUUCUGAGAAGAGCCUUGAAGAAUAUUGAGUACUGCUUGAAUGAAGAAACUUGGCAGAAGUCGGAAUUCUACACACUGUCGAUGAUGCAGGGAUUCGUACAGCUGUACAGAGAAGCCGUCAGCAAGCUUUUACCAGACAUGAACAAUAUAGUGGCUGUCUGGCAGUCCCUUCUGAAGCAAGGGAGAGAACACCACGAUGGCCAACAGGAGAAGAGGGAAAGCGAUACCUCCACCGUGAAGGCAACGACUGAGACAGCAGAAGUUGCUGAACAGCAUGGUUCGGAUGAUGCUGAGACGCUGUUUCUGAAAGCUGCCCUGCUUCAGGUCAUAUGCCUGUAUCAGAAGGUUGUGCCCCACUUGGUAGCACGGAGCAACUUUGAUUUUAGCAAGCUGCUAAAAGGUAUCGUCACUGAAAAGGGCCUGCGAGAAGAGGUCCCUCCUGUUCUGCAGCACCAUAUACUGAAAGUGGCUUUGGAACUUCCUGCAAAUAAGUUUGCCUGGUUCAGAGUACAGGAUGUCUCUGAGACAGAGAAGGAAUCUGGUGAAAAAUCAGUGUUCUACUUACUGAUGAAAAUGUUUGUUACAAGUAACCACUCUCAUUUGAAAAUUUCAACCAAAAAACUGAUCAUCAAGGUUUUACGUGACAGUGGAGUGUUUGAGUACACAUGGAAGGAACUUUCAGUUUGGCUGGAACACUUGGAUAAUACAAAAGAAGACAAAAAGGAAGCAGUGAUUCAAUUUUUGGAAAGGGUCCUGUUGAAACUGGUGACGAAUCCCUAUCCAUAUACAGAUAAAGCAGCAGACCUUGUUCAGGAAGCCAGCGUGCUCCAAGUUAAUAUGGUCAAACAAGACUCUGAUAACGUCAGCAUCCCCAUUUCCCACAUUGACGAUGUCCUGGAUAUGGUGGAUGUUCUGGUUGAGGGCAGUGAUGGCUUAGAUGAAGAAAUUGAGUUGACUUUAAAUGAAGACAUGAUUAUCCAAACAUUUCCAUUCAGUGCUGUUGUCCCUGCUGCAUUAGAAGCCAGGAAUAUCCUGUUGCUUCAGACUGAAAAUGGAACGGGAGCCCACAUCGUAGACUAUCUUGUUGCUGUUUUCACUGACCUCCUGCAUUCUCAGAGAGAACCCCUCGCCCUCUGCUUGAUGUUCCAGCUCUAUGAUAAAGAUCUGCAGUCCUUGAAAGUUUCAAAGUAUCCUCAACUCUACCAGUUUAACCAGUACUAUAAACUCUGGAUACCCCAGCAGUCUCAGGAACCUGUGUUUAAAAAACGCAAAGAGGUAUGUAAAGAACCUGCAGUGGCCCUGGAUUCUGUAUUUACCACUUUGCUAAAGAAAGCCUAUGAGAGAGGAAGCAAUACCUUACUGGAAGACGAUAUCCAGACAAAAUUGAGAGACUUGGCUUCCCAGCUCCCGGCUGAACAGCUUUUGUUAGGAGUAAAGCAUGUGUUGCUGUACCUGAAGUCCACAGUGGAGAACUUUGGCAGUCUUAGUAAAACUUUUGGUCCUCACCUUGUUGACCUCUGUGUGGACCUGCUGAGAAGCUUGCUAUGCCGGGGAAAUCAGCUGGAGUUGGAUAGACAGCAGAAACGAGAAGAGCAUCAGACUGAAUCAGAUCUCUUUAUGGAUGAGGAAUCUCUGAUUACAGAGGAGUCUUCAAAUGACAAGACACUGGAAGAUAUGCUCAUGCUGAUUUUCGGACAUCCUACGCUGGAGAGUUGGUUCCUGGCAUUAGAACAACGUUCUCUUCCUCAGCACAGUUUAAACCCUGUCACUGUGAAGCUCCUGUCAGCUCACCUCAACGCGGGUGUGCUCCAGCUAUUGAAAACAGGUGCCCCGAUGUUGCAGAGCAUGGGUCACAAACAUGUGUUAUCGAAGUAUUUUGAAGCUAUCACAAACAGCGUCUUGAAAGAGCUACAGGCUGCAGGGAAGGACCGAAGCCAGGUGUCUCCCAAGAAGUCUCACCAGCUGGAGGCUCUGGAGGAGCUGCACACAUACAUGGCUGCAGCUCAGCUGGAAGAGAUCACUUUAACCAUGCUGCGACUUCCUGAGACGAGCUUGACUACUCAGAAAUCUGAAAAAUCCCCUAAAAAAGGGAAACAAUUAAGCUUCUAUGGACUGAUUUUGGUGCAGCUCCUCACAGAGAGCUACCAAAGGCAGCCUCAGCGAGGAGAGCUGUUGCUGUCCACAGAGCACAUCAAAGCUUUGGGGAUACUGAUGUCAGCAUCAGCCAGCAAAGAUUUGGAGAAGGUGUUCCUUCAGGCUCUCCAGAGCGAGCCAGUCCUUGCACACGCAGUCAGUGUGGAGGUGCAUGUUCACUGCCUUAACCAGAGGUCAGAAACCUCCCUUGCCAUUGUGGGCAUGCUGCUAAAACACUGCCGGACUCACCUGCUGCAGUUUGAGCUGUGGUGCUUGGGCAGUGCCACUGGAUCGUACCUCAGGAAGAACAUGGAGAGCUUGCUUCCACUCCUUAAUGUGUAUUUGCAGUGCAGAGACCAGUACGAUUACACCCGACCUUCUGCAGUUGCCUCUGCUGUUAUACCUGCCUUAAGGAAGGCAUUGUGGAAGGAGCUCUGCAGUGUAUUUCAAGACACUGAAGAAUCACAUGACACCACUGUGAAACUGCAGGUUCUUUCAAAGUUGUUACCAUCUUCAGAAAGCAAAGGGCUGCGAAAGCUUAUUGACCUGCUUCCUGCUGCUCUUGAGAAAGCAGAAAAUAUGGAGAGUUGGACAUUGGCAGAUGCCAUAUCUAAAGUGCUUGAAAACUCUGAAGAGCUGCAUUCCUGGAGGAGACGCCUGUUGGCAGCCUGCAUGAAGGGGUUAAUUGUCAUGUACAACAGCAGUAAAGACGAAAGAAACCAGGAAGCAGAGAGGUCCAUGCUGCUGAGGUUUGAAGAGCUACUGCGCUUUGUUGAAGAAGUGGACCCCGAUGACUGGUACAGCCUUGUGAAGACGGGACUCAAGUACCGCUACAGAGAUGAAGCUUUUUUGAGAGUCCUGAACAUCGCUAUUCAGUUGUUAUACCAGAAAGAAUCCUCACUUAGUCAGAGAUUAGUCAAGCUCUCCAGACUUCACAUGAUGGUCACGCAGCACUCUCUAUUUUUGUCAGCCAUACUGAGGUCAAGAGAAGAUGAUGGCACGAACAUCCAGACAAGAGAGGCCUUGGUAGAUAUACUGCUGACAGUUGUGAAGCUCAGCCCUUCUCUCUGUGAGAGCAGUCACCUUGCCGUGUUGCUGGGUGCCUAUGGGGCUACACUGAGUGCUGUAGAUCAGAAGUUACUGUUACUGCUUCAGUUAUAUGAGAAGAAUAAUCAGAGUCUUAUAAAUUCCAGAAUCCUGCUAUGGGGUCCAGCCGCUGUGGAGCAUCACAAGACUUGCAAGAGUCUAGGGAAGUCGCUAUGGCAGCAGCCAAGCAUGGAGGAGAUUCUGUGUCUGCUAGAUCGAGAAAAGAUGAUGAAGACAAUUCUGUCUUUCCCUCAGCAUCGCCGUCUUCUGUCAUCACAGGAGAUGCAAGAGUCCCUCUAUAGAGAUGAGAGUGUCAAGAGUCUUGAUGACCUCUAUGAUCCUUGUUUUCUACUUCAGCUCUUCAGUGAACUGACCAGACCAG